AUGAACGAAAGCGACGAAGAGAGUCGGAACGUUCAUAGACUUUUGCUUGACUAUUACACAAAUGACGAAGUAGCUAAAGAUGUGGAGGGACCAGGUGAGUUGGAUUUAAGAUCCGCGACUUUAUAGCGUCGUAAAAUUUGUGGAGAAACUUCUGUGAUAUGGUAAUCACCGGCUCUAUAUUUGGCAAGAUAUUGUUUGCGCCGGCUCCUUUCCCGCUUUGAACUUCUCGAAACUAAUCUCUAACGUUUUUCAGUUUCGUUCCGUAAAGCUUAGCUUGUUAGUUGCUUUGUUAGGAUAGGUGAACGACAGGGGUAACUUUAGACACCACGAGGAAAGUUAUCAGCUAAUUCACUGCAAGUGUUUUGAAGUAGAAAACUUAGCUAUUGAGGCGGGAAAAUUAUUUAUUUCACGCACAUUAGGGUGAGUUGUUUGGCCAUAUAUCAGACAACGCGAACUAAAAGCAAAUUUAAAAGAAAACUUUCGGUUGGACGAAUCAACGAUUUUGUCAUAUAAUUACAAAAAGCCUUAAAACGGUUAAUCCUAGUGAUUAACUACCGAAUUUUGGAAAGCAGUGCUGUACUGAAGAGAAAGUACGAUUACUUUUGUCAAACUUUCGCCGAUCAGCAAGAGUAAAUAUGACACGUUUUUUAGUCCCUAUAUAGGAGAAAACUGAUGUUCCUGCGAAAGUUAACACUCCUUGCCGAUUAUAAUUUGCUGGAGGCACGCUUAAUUUAUUAUUAACAAGGUAUUCAUCAGAUUGCAUCUAAUUUACCUCGUUGUUUAUUCAAGAAUUCUCGCGCUCUGUGAUCCGGCCUGUUAACUUGCCCCUUGCUCAGGGAUGCGAAAACAAGUUUAAUUCGAAUAGAAGUUGUUUACAUGUCUUGUCGUACUUUUCAGUAGUCGAAGAUGUUGUAAAGAUCUUCGAAGUAUGCGGAGUUCUCUGUUCCAUUGAAAAAGAAAAAUACGAAAGCUUUUCAAAUGGCCUUUUUUUUUACAAAAUGCACAUCCAAUUAGGUUAUUUGAAUUCCAUUUCGUGCGAACGAAUGUAUCCCUGAUUAUUUGUCAUGACAGUUUGGGGGAUAUAUUCACCUGGAAAAAUACCCAAGUUUUGACAGUUUUUUGGCUUUAUUAUUGCAUUAAAAGAAUCAAGCACCAGUUAAAAUGUUGUACCAAAAAGGCGAAGAAGUACGUUUUGGGCGCCGUUCAAUCACCCUGCAAGCACACAAGGUCUAAGGGCGGCUAAACGAGUGUAAGCUCAUCUCACAGCGUUAAUAUCGCUUCUUCGAUAUUUCAUUAUUUGCAAGAAAAAAGAUCCUUGAUAAUCCUGGUACCCCUGGGAAUGACACAUUUCAUUAUACCCAAAAUCGAAUGCAAUCGUAUUAAAGAACGAAUUAAAGAGUGCUUCAUGAAUAUAUCGCACUUUUGAGGUCUCGCGAAUGUCGUCGACAUUCCAAUACGUGCAACUAACUCCCGACAUUUUGAGAGUGAAUACUGAUUUAAAUUUCAUAACAAGGAAGUUGUAAAAAUGGAUAGCAGUUAUUAAAGAUGUGAUUGUGGGUUUUUUUCUUCAAAAGUAAACGUCUCACCAAACAUCUUGACAAAAGUACAGUACGUGCAACUCUACUCUACAUAUUGACGUUCGGUUUAUGGUAAUAAUAUGGAACAAGGAAUUUUGUGAAAAUGAGCGGCAGUUGCGACGUAAUUCAUGUAGUGUUUUCCUUUUGAAAUGAACUUUUCACAAAACACCCUUAACUGCGGUCAUCUUCAAAAGAUGAGUGGAUCCUUCUCGCUACAUUAACCGCAGAGAUUUCAGAUAUUUUCUUUGUUUUGAACUUGUUCUGUCAGGUACGGUGGUUCAAUGUAAUUAGCUUAAAAUAAUCCUUCGAAGCGGUUGUUUUCAAUCCUGCCUGCGGUUAUUUUGAUUUUCUGAGCCGCAUAUUUGUUUUUGAUGUUCUAGAAUGUGUAAUUCUCUUUAACCGUGAAGGCCAUAUGAGGACGGGCCAACACUAAAGCCCUUACCAUGCAAGCGCUUGGUAACGGUCAUAAUGGAAAGAUAACUUCAUUUAUGUAUGAGAAGUGCUUCAUAACGGAAGAAAUGACUUCAUUUUAUAGUUAUACAAACGAUUUGUUUGUCCUGUGAAGUUCAAUAUUGGAACGUUUUGUAUGGGCCCUUUGCAACUUGUCAGUCACAUCGGAGUUUACAAAAACCACAAACUGAACACCUAGUUAAAGAGCAAACAUGCCAGUGAAAGAAAAAAAAGAGCCUAUUUACGGGCAAACAUGUAUUAAACGGUCACUCGCCAUUAGCGGCUGCAUUGGUCAUUUUUUUCUACUUCAAUGACUGACGAUCGGAAUUGCCUUUUCCCCUAGACACAAGGAGAGAUAGGCCCUUUAUGCUUAAAUAAAUCAGUAUACGACUAGCAACAAAUAAGUACUGAAAUCAAUCAAUCAAUUUGUGUCCUAUUCACAACGUGUUGUUUCAAACAACCGCCUUUCGUGGUUACAAAAAGCAUCAAAAGUUUCGCAACUGCUUUGAUUAGUGUUUUAGCAUCGUUUUUGAAUGUCCACACUAAGUAAUCAAAUGUAGCUAUUCUCGAACGUGUUUGCCACCAAAAAUUUUCGUAAUACUUCCAUCUGUUCCUCUAGUUCAAAGCACGAUCGCCAAUUCUCAGGAAAUUCAUUGCCAGGUGAUGAAGCUUAGUGAGACGACAUGAUUUAAAGUUUGCAACGCGCAUGAAAACGCUGAGAUAUCAAGUCAGUUCGAGUCAAAUAAAUUUAUAUUCUAGUUCGUUCAGUUGCUUACGUGUUAUUUACAGCGUUUUUGUUUGAUUACACGCGAAGCCACGUUAUGCAUGAGUAGGCGAAAGCGCCUUAGAGCGGCGGGCUCUUGUCACUAGUGCUUCUCUUAAAUCCAGCAGCUGAGCCUCGUUGCGCAGGAACUUGAAAACGAGGUCUGUCCCGAUACUCUAUCAUGACGCCUUGCACUUAAAGAUGACGCUCAUAACAGCGUCUCUGUUCUGUUGUCUUGGACGCGCUAAGUAUGUUUGUGGUUGAUUCAUUAUAUUGUGAUGUAAAUAGUGCCUCUGCGAAAUCAUUUAUAUUAAAGGCAGGUUUUCUUAUUAUUAUUUUUUUUGUCUUUUGACAAUACUUAUUCAAAAGUUACAUCAUAUGUUCUUUUUAAAAGUAAAUUUUCGUUGCAUGAACUUCAUUUUAAAAAGAAGAGAACGCUUUUUUUCCUCACUGUAGAGAUUGCUUUGCAUAUCUUGCAAAAACUGAACUAAGUAGAAAGAUCUGGAGAUGAAGUAUAUUGAGGAGCAUUUGCAAGCGAUAAAUAUUUUUCGCUAAAUUCUUUGUUCGCUUUAUGUAUUGUUCCAGAGAUUAAAUGCAGUUGUCGUGAUCACAUUAUCAGAGACCGUUUUACACCUGAAAGAGCACUUGACAGAGUCGUCUAUUUGCAGUUGUCAUUUUUCACGCUCUGAAGGUUUUGUUAGUUAAUCCAACCGUUGCUGCUCUUCUUGUUGACAGCUUUUAUAGGGGCUGGUUUAGGCUGCGAAGUCGCUGUCUUCGAAUUUUGCACAGGAAUGCGCGUCUAGAAUUUCGAUGGUCGCCAGAUCAUCGCCAGGCGAAGUCGAAGCAAAUCAACGUGGUGUAAACUUCAACUACCAUGAUUCGUUAAACUCUCAUCUUCAAAAGCUUAUAGCUGAAUGUACACAAGGUAAAUUGGCUAAUUAAUUUGUUGUACACAACUGGUUUGCAAUCUUCCCGCAAGUUAACAAGAGUCUGUUUUAAUUCUUUCAGACAAAGUCAAGGUCAAAGUUGCGAUUGGUUUUGCCAUCGCUUGUGCUGUCCUUCUACUAGGGAUAUUUAUUUUGCUGCUGUACAAAGUUCUGUGGUUCAGAGCCAAGAGCAAUGAGGCCAGUAAAGCACCGCCAAAAAGCGUACCUCAGACCCGCGCGCCGGGAAUAUCGGAACGAGAUUUCAAAACGACUCGACAACAGCGUCGACAUCAGCCUCUGAUGCGAUCCGACAGCUCAUUAUCUGACAUCAACUUGGAUUCCGUGCUCAAAAAUAACAACUUAACUUCUUCUGAGUCAGAAAGCAGCGGACCGAGCUUCAAUCUUGGAAAACUCGAAUUCAACAUAAACUACGAUACUGAUACAGAGUCGCUGCGCGUCACUAUAGUCGCCGCGCACGAUUUGCCAUCCAUUCAUAGCACAAACUACGUUGAGCUGUAUCUCCUUCCCGAGCGAGUGGAAAAACACCAAACGAAGAUUCACUAUUCCGAUUGCAAUCCUGUUUAUAACGAAGAAUUUGAAUUUGAUAUUGGAUAUUCCGAGCUUGCGGAGCGGACCUUGCAAUGCUGUCUUUUCAGCUAUGAUGGUUUCUCGCGACACCAAUCUAUUGGGGAAGUGUUUCAUUCUUUCGGUGAGGAUGACCAGAUGAACGAGUUCACAGGAGUUUCGUUAUGUAAGGAUAUAAAGAGAGAUGUGUUUUUGUUAAAGGUGAGCAAAUUUCUCUCUCAGUUGCAUGAUAUAUUUAUCUAUGGAGGUAAACACUGUUUUCUAAAAAUAUCGAAACAACCGGGAAUGCUAUGAUUGUAUUGAAUCCUAACAUCAGCUGGCCGUAAAAAAUGAAAAAAAAAAUUCGAUUAAAAGAAAGAAAUCAAUACAUUUAUACUUCGGUAAGUGGAAGCCAUGGUUCUUUUUUUGUAAGUUUGAAAUACAAAACUUUUUACAGGAAAGUUUUUUCUGUAUCUUUGGACGGGCUUCAACGGUUGGUUGCUUUUAAGGACAUUUUUAAUAGUCUUGUUUUCGUACUUUAAUAGCCCGUUUUAAUUUAUUCGUCCAGCUCUUAGCUAGACCUCUUGCUUUCAGGCUUCUGUUCCCAUAAUGUAACACUCUUUCUAUUAGUUUUCUCGCAUUACUUUCCUUGACUCUACGUUACAAUUAAUAAGACGCAAAGUUCACAAGAAAGCCUGAAAACUGGGAUUCUUUAGAGUGGAUUUUGCUUGGUUACAAGCCGUUGUUUGUGUGGCGCAGAUCAUGCGUAUGAGUUAUUUUUAUCAAUGAAUUUGACCGCGGAACCCUAAAAGCUCGUGAAAGCGUCCUCUUUAUACUUUUCUGAGCGGAAAGUCCACGAUCAAACUCAAAAUAUUGUGUGAUAUUACAGUUAAACGUCCGUUAAGCGUCCAUCUUCGGGGUACUGGCCAGUGGCCGCUCAAUAGGGGUUCAUCAUAAAUUAGCAUAGCACGAGCAUAACCUUUAGCGGAAAGAUCUGCUUUAUUUUGAAACAAACGCGCGACGGAAGCGGCAUUUAUUUUCUGGUCCUCAAUCGGUCGUCACCUGAGUUUUUCUUCAUCAUAUUCUUGACUAAAGCUUAAUAGAGGUUUAAUUUCCCAUUCUUUUUUACGACUAUUUCGGGACUUUGAUUGCUGGUUGCUUAAUGGAGGGUCAACUGUAUUUUGAUCUUGUAGGAGGAGACCUUGACACGUGUAGGCGAGAUAUUGGUGUCCCUGUGCUAUCUUCCUACUACCAACAGGCUCACGUUUGUUGUUCUGAAAGCAAGACUUUCAAAAACCUCCUUUGCUGGUGCUCUACCGAGUAAGUCAAGUUUAACAUUUUUUAGUUCUAAUUGAAGGAUUCUACUAGAUGUUGACAGUUCUAGUAUUAAAAGCACUUCAUAUUAUGAAGCUUUUACUAUAUUGCACGUCAUCCAAUUCCUGCUGUUUUAACUAUUAAAGACAAGUGAACUAUGAUAACAAAACAGCAAAUUCGAAAGAGACUGGAGUUCUCCCGAUACUUCGGAUGGACAAACCGCGGUGCUAAAGUUAGCCUGUGUACAGAUGACCCCACCCCCUCAGAAAAAAAACGGGAGAAGAAACGAAAAAAUCGGGAGAAGAGACGACUUCUUUUCUCCCGAUUUUUUCUGAGGGAGGGGGGACGUCUGUACACAGGCAAUUCUAAAGUACGACGGCCUGUCCGUACAAAGUAUCGAAAAAAACUCCAGUCACUUUUGUCUUUGCUAAUUAGUUAUAGUUCUUCUAUUAUACUCUACAAUAGAUAAUGAGAAGGAAAUAUAAGCUACUGAAUUUAUAAACAAACAAAUGUUUUCCUUCAACAUGUCCUGCAGAAAGAUGAGACCCAUUCAGCUUAAACAUUUACAGAAUUCACUGACUCGAAAAAAAGUUAUGCGCACCGUUCUCUGCUUUUUAACUUGUAAUAAUUUGUGUACUGCUCCUGUAGAGUUACAGAGUUUUGGUGAUUUUUGCAGACAUAUUAAAACAUGAAAGAGUUGGCCCAACUUUUUCAAGCCUUUUCAAGUUUCAGUCGAUGUGCAUCCUUGCCAUCCGUUCCCAGCGGCAACAGUCAAUGUCUAAUUAUAGUCUCAUAAAUAACAAAACUGGACCAUUAUUUUUGGAAUUUAAUCUAUGCGAAGACAAGUAUUAGCUUUUUUAAAAAAAAGAUAGCGAGUAGGGUGACAUAGUCCCUUCAAGAAAGAAAUUUUUAAGAUACAUGUAAUUUAGUACCAUGCUGUGAAGCUCUGUGAAAAAAUAAAAGGGACCUUCGUCACAGUAUUCAUGAGUCAAGCAUUCAGCAUCCUCAGGCGACAAUGCGUCUGCUAUACAUCCUAUUAAUUCUUUGUAACCGUACAAUCACUUAGUUUUGAAUAUCUGCCACGUAAAACAGCUUCUAGUGAAUAGAUAUUAAUAAUAAAGACUUUUUAGGCAACCUUUUUUUACUCACUGACUACUGAGAUUUGCUACUAACUAGACAUCAUUAUAAAUCGCUGCACGGGUUUUCUGUUAGAGUACAGUCAGACUCAAUCGAACGGUCUUAUUGUCAUUUACAUGUAUUUAACAUUUUUUGGACUUAAAAACAAAAUGUGCUGAAAGUCUUGACGUCUUGAAAAUAUUUUCGUUUCUAGUGUAUUUUUUCUUCCAAUUAGCCCAUUAGUAUUGCGCAUUUAUUUAAGGCAAACAUCAUUCAAGGCUGUGUUUACCCAGUGAACUUGUAGAAAGUUCGAUUUGGUCUUGUCAAAUUGCCUGAAGAAAAUUCUCGUUUUUUUGUAUAAAGUGUAUCUGAAUUCAUUUUUAUCAGUCAUUAAUAGAAUUUGAUUUUAAUACAAUUAUAUAAGAGAAUGAUAGUGAUCUCUAAAUUUUUAAAGUGAAUUUAAAAUAUAUUUAUGACAUAACUCGUUUGAAUUUUAAAGUAGCACUCGUAAAUGUUACAUUGAUGGGCACUGUUAGAACCUUUGGAAAAUUACACUGUUGGUGUAAUUUUUAAUUUUAAAACUGAAAUACGAAUUUCCAUUUCUUUGUUCUUCUUUUCACGUGGCUGCAUCUCAAAAGCUGAUUGUUUAUAUCUGAAAAUUAUCCUAAAACAUCUUUUAGUUUUCUCAAUUCUGCGUGUUUGUAGCGGAUUGAGAUUCGUCAUUCGCUGGUCCUAACGUCCUUCGUACACUGUUUCGUAUAUAUUGCAGUGCUUCAGUGCUUUGUGUCAUAAAUUUGUCUAAUAAAGUUAAGCUUCCACGGUUGGUGGAUUUUGAAGGCAAAUGUGGCAUGUUGUUUCGUUUUCUGUAACUCAUUGUGUGUGAUAAGUCUGAAGUGGAACGCGCCCUCCUUCCCGCCAGAGGUGGAGUUCGUUUCGCUGCCAAACCCGAGGCCGAUUCAACUCUCAAGUCCCACUGACUCGCCGCUGUUGAAGUGGGAAACCGGUUUGAUCUAAAGUGACGACCUUUUCGCGAAGUUUCGUCAUUAAGUCUCAAAUUACUCCUGGACAAGAGAUGAAAGUCAAGUCGUGCCACUUCUGGCAGUCUUGAAUACUCGGACAGCAGUUGAACAUCGUCAUUGUCAUGCGAUGGUUUUCCGUUUAACACACGUUCAGAUCGUAACGCGAUUAGCAGCGCUUGUUUCUGUGCUUGUGACUGUCGAAGCUGCGAUUUUAUGAGUCUGAUUUCCGACUGCAGCUCGUCCUGUCUGUUUCUCAUUUCACUAACAGUGUCCUCUAACGUUUCAAUAAACGCUCUGCUCUCUUCAAUACUGUCGUACGGACCGGGCGGAUCGUCGAAGCAAAAAAACUCCAGCACAGGCUUCACUGAUAUAAUAUCCUGUCGUAUUAAAACAUUGUCGAUGUACUCUUGUAGGCCUUUUCUCCUAUGUUCAAUAAAAUUUGCGUCAAAGUUGUCUCCAAAAUAUCUUUUAGGUGGAAGAACGCCGUUGAAGUCACUCAAUAGUUUACGCAGUUCUUCAUCCAUGCGGACGAAGUCGGAAUACCUGCGAAAUACAUGCCAAUUUCGCUCGUUUCCUAGUUGGACGAAAAUCUGAUACACCGUAAAUCGUUUCCUCGCCUCUACGACUUCGUACCCGACGAUCGGGGCCUGAAUUUCAACUUCAUUUAUUGACUGAAACGAUUGAAAUUGAUGUUCGUUGUCACCAGGUGCCUCGCUUAUGUCUGCGGCCAUCAGUAUUGUCAGCGCAACUUAAUUUUCGCACUUUUGGCAUGAAGUAUCUCCAUCAAUUACUACCCGUGCUUUUCCACGUCGAAAGUGUAUUUUUUUGCUCAUUUUAGUUCCGGUCAUGUAAAUUCAAACAUUCGUUGUAUAAGGUGUUAUUUCAUUUUCAACAACAAUGAGACGAUUUCAAUUUCCAAUUCAAAUUAGACUUCGAAACACUGCUGCACAAUUAUUGAUAGUGUUCGCGCGCAGUUUCUGUCGUCUCCCACCGCUGAUUUCUAAUAGCGCUUUAAGAUUUAAAAUUCUCUUUGUAGACCCUUGUGGUCUCUGCAGUAAGAGUAUAACAAUUGUGAUUAACUUUUAAUUUUUCACCUGAAAGAAGCUAUACAGAGAAGUCACAAUCUGACAGAAUAUGAGCUGCAUUAAAGAUAUAUUGUUACCGUUCAUGGGAGUCAAUUUUUAUCAUGCCCCAUUGUGAGGACCCUGAAAUAAUUUGAGUUGAAAUUAAUGGCAACUACAGUUUAAGUUCUUGUGAAGGUAGCUUGCACUCUGACCGAAUGAAAAAAAUGUUUUUUUCGUCAUAGAUAUUAGUAAAAUAUAAUUUAAGUUAUAUCAAUAGAGAAGUUAUUUGCAUAAUUUUUAGUGGCUCUUAACCAUUUAUGACAUAUCUAAGUUUCAUGUUCAAUAUUGUUACUCAAAGGUCAGCAAGACGUCAAUAUGUCGUUGUCUUUCGAUUUAUACGUUAUUAAAUGAAUUAUGUUUCAUGUGAUGCAUUUUUAAUGCAUUUUCUUGGGUCGUGUCAACUUUUAUAGUAUUUCCAUUUGACUCUUUAAAUCAUAUUUUAAACGAUAAAAGGCGAUUUUUGCUACUCAGCAGACAGGUUUUUUAAGUUAAAAAGCUUGACCUUUUUUGAAGAGGCACUCCUUCAGGUUUUAAAGCAUAAUUAUCUGAUAGGGUUUUUCCUUUUUAACACAUCAGUUAAUUAGGUUAGUAGUUGUCAAAAUGAUUCACUUCUUUAUGGGAAACUACUGUUUCGAACUGUUUACUACUCCUAGAUACUUGGUUUCGAUUUGAGUUUAAGGCAUUGAAAGUAAAUUGUAUUUAAUUGCUUUAUUUCCUCUAAGUAAAGCCAAUAUUCACUCCUACACUCAGAGUGGAAAUUGCGUUCAAUGUUCUCUGUAAUUUGUUGUUUAGGAUCGAACGCUAACAAGAAGCACUGUCCCUGUGAUAGGUAUCACAAAGUGUCCAUUAAAAAAUAAAAAAAAAAACAUAUUAUACACCGUAUUCACAAAUGGCGGACACGCGGGAAAAAACUGGUGCCUAGUCAUGAAAGCGAGGCGUUGGAGGGUAAACAAAAAUUGCAAAUGAAGACUUUCGGUGAACUUGCAGAGUGUUUAGCACGGAUUCCGCCUAAAAUAACUUUGUAUGGACGUCUUUUUAAAUACAAUGACGUGGGACUUCUUCUUCUUUUUAUGAUUAGUACUGAUUUGCUGUUUGCAAUCAAAAGGGACGCGUAUAUCUUCAAGGAAACAGGAUGAUUUGGUAGGUUGCCGAAGCCUCAGAAGCUCGACAAGUGGGCGAUGGCUGGAGAAAAGCGGCAAACAUGUUGGCCCAAACUUCACGCUGAAACCGAAUACGAAAGCCAGCUCACUGCAAUUCUGUAAAACAGAAGUAAAAACAGAUAUUGGUGGCAAGAAAAAAACAAAUAAGCGACGAACAUAUGGCCUACUUGUCAACGGAAGAGACCUCCGCCAUUACUCAAAACAGGUCAAGUCGAGAGCGGGUGAAAGAUUCAUUCACGAGACUCAUUCAUUCUUGUCAGUGUCAUCUUACACAUAUCUAUGUAUGUCUGUAUUUACAACUUCCUUUGGAUGAUAUUAAUUCCUUCGCUUUGGAGUGAAUUGUUAGAGGUACGUUGGCAGAGAGUAGCAAAUUCAGUGCAAAUUUAAAAUCUUUUGAUUUCUUUGUCAUUGCGAAAUAAAAUAAUUUUAUCAAAACUAGAAGCUCUAGUGUGUGAAGCUUAUGGCUUGCUAUUUUCCUGGUCUCCUUUACGGCAUUAUCUCGGAGAGCUCUUGGUAAAAAAGGGGUAUAAAGCUCACAUUUUACUAGGUUAAACUUUUAAGGCAAUGUUUGUGUCAGGACUGAACACGGCAAGCUUCUGUUUCGAAUCAUUAAAGGUGAGUCUGGAUCCGUUUAAGAAGACAAUCAUUUUAUUUAUUUAUGUAUUCUUCACUUUUAAAAUAUUACGGAACAUGAAGUUAAAACUCUUAACAGCCAAAGAUAAGAAAUAGGAAAAUUACUCGCUGAAAUGAAAUGUGGCCGGCUUACCGAGUCUGUCGAGUAACAAGUUGAAAUUUUGAACGUACUCCACUCGAUCGCUCCUGCAUUUAGACCAAAACGAUAGUUCUAAUUGAUGUCCUUCAUCGAUAAAGACCAGAGAAUAACGUCCUGCCAAAUAAACACCAAAAAUAACUUCAUCGAAACCUCAGUCACCGCUUCUUUCCUGUCUUCCUUUUUUUCCAUCUCGAUUUGAACUGUUUUGUUCAAUGGCACCCGUCUCUUGCGUUAACAAGUAGGCCAUAUAUCCAUCGCUUAUUUCUUUGUUUCUCCCACCAAGAUUUGCAUUGUUUAUAUUUCUGUUUUACCGAAUUGCAGUGAGCUGGCUUUCGAACUCGGAUUUCAAUGUGAAGUUUGGGCCAACAUGUUUGCCGCUUUUCUCCAGCCAUCGCCCACUUGUCGAGCUUCUGAUGCUUCGGAAACCUACAAAAUCAUCCUGUUUCCUUGAAGAUAUACACGUCCCUUUUGAUUGCAAACAGCAAACCAACACUAAACAUUAAAAGCAGAAGACAUCCCACGUAAUUGUAUUUAAAAAGAGGUCCGUACAAAGUUAUUUUAGGUGGAAUCCGUGCUAAACACUCUGCAAGUUCACUGAAAGUCUUCAUUUGCAAUUUUUGUUUACCCUCCAACGCCUCGCUUUCAUGACUAGGCACCAGUUUUUUCCCGCGUGUCCGCCAUUUGUGAAUACGGUGUAUAGGGGUAAGCCUGUGAGCAAGCUCUCCAUUUGGGGGAGUCGCGAGAAGUCACGCGAGAACCGCACGUGAAAGAGGAACACGAGUGCGAGGAGUGGGGAAAGAAAGGGAGAACUCUCCUUUCCCUCCGCGGGUCGCCUCGUUCGCCAUAUAUGGAGAGCUUGCUCGCAAGACUAACCUUACCUUAUUCCAGACUCCCAGAGUGAAACAACUUUCUUCCCAUGUUUCUCUCCUCUUCUGCUUGAUUGAUUGAUUUUAAUUUUUUCAGACCCUUUUGUCAAAGUAUCCCUCAUGUUGGCUGGUAGACAACUGAAGAAGACAAAGACCUCAGUCGCGACCAACACCUUACUUCCGGUCUACAACGAGGCGUUUGUCUUUGAUGUACCGAUCGACCGUUUGAGUGACGUCAGUUUGCUCGUUCGUGUUCUCGACUCAAGCGCAGGAGAAGCCAGUCGACUUGGUGCGCAAACGAUUGGUAAAUGCAUAGUGGGUCCGGACGCUCAUACCAGCAUUGGUUUACAUCACUGGAACUGUAUGAUGACAACUCCAAGAAAGCCAAUUGCUCAGUGGCAUCCGUUAGUGAAAACAUGAAGAAUCUAUUUAUCGCCCCAUGUAAGGGUAUUUGGAUUCCAGAAUCCGGGAAAAUCCAGAAUCCUGGGCUUUGGAACCCGGAAUUCAGCUCAAGGAAUCCCGAAUCCCACUAACAAUCGAUGGAAUCCGGAAUCCAAAUUCCACUCAUAAGGAAUCUGGAAUCCAGUUCCAAAUUAGGGCAUCAAAGAUCCAGGAUCCAGGAUCUCAAAUUACCUUAUAUGGGGCGAUAUUUAACACGGCACUCACGAGACGACUUGUUGCAGCGACAGCUUGUGGGGACAAACCUGUUACCUUUGCGACGGAUUGCACAAUCAAACCAGUGUAAAUUUUUGCGAUAUGUCACUGGUACGUAAUUUCGUUGUAAAGAAACCUUUUUCUGAUCACACGAAAAUCGGUAAGCCCUCUGCGAUUAAUCGCUUCAAACGCGCCCUUAAUGUGUGUCGAGGUUUACAUAGCAUGAACACGGAACAUACGUGCCAUGAGAGUGCGGGAAGGAUGCAGUUUUAACGGCGGAUGUCGCCGGUUAGCCUGAGAAAACAGCCGACAUUUCGACAUUUGGUUUCCCCGCGAAAUGACGUCUGAGGAACGUUUUCAGAAAUUCUAUACUGAUGACGUGUCACAAUGCAGUUCUGGGUUAUGCUUCUGAUUGGUUGAAGCAGAUUUCCCACGUGGUACAACAAAUCAGAAGCACUACCAACAUCUGCGUAGUGACACGUCAUCAGUACGGAAUUUUUGCAGUCGUUCCUCAGACGCCUUUUCGCAGGAAAACCAUUAGUGGCGUAGCCAAAUGUCGGUUGUUUACGGGUGUUCGUAUACUGUAAGAUAAAACCUCAUUUUCUCGGAGCACGGUAUGUAACUUAAUGAAUCAGAUGUUGAUCUGCCUGAUAUCAGGGGAAUUCGCCAACGGUAAUAAAGCAUAACCAAUUUUAAGCAAUGUUUCUCAAAAAACAAAUUCUUAAACUUUGAAACCAAAAGUAAGGCAAAUUUUAUUUAGCAGAACGAAAAACUUAGCACAAGAGAAGAAGACGUAAGUAUCUAAAAUUUCCAGCCGUAAUAUAUUAAAUGUAAGAACUUGUUUCUAUUUGCUCAGACUUAGUCGAUUUGUAUAUGUUUUGGUACUUACUUGUAAAUUUUAAAUGGAUCAUUUUUUGUCUAUAUAUUCGAGUCUCGUAAGAAAAGUGAGUUUUUCUUUGUUCGCUAAAAUUUUUCAAAAUAGGUCUUCUUUUGUUUAGCUGCCUGUUAAAGGUUAUUUAACGCUGCCGUGGUAGAAUUUUUAUCUAUGUUUAGACAAUUUAUUUUUCGUAUUUCAGCCUGUAAUUUACUGUUUUCGGGUAAGUUGCGGUUUACAUAAAUUUUUUUCAUAUUCAAAGUACAUAAGCCCACGGUCAUUUUGACUUUAAAGUACCUUUUCUUCACAAACAGAUUAUAAUUUUUUUGUUUUCCAAUGAGUUGUUGAGCAAGUCUUCAAGACGUGGUCACACAAUGUUUUUUAAAUCUUUGGAGAUUGUUUGAAACUUUAAAUAAUAAUGAUACGUAUGUUAAAAAGCUGAAGCCCCUUUUUGGGUUCAGCAAAGCAUAUAGUUUUUAAUAAUGAUUUACGUAUAGUUUGGUUUUGUCAGUUAUACCGUCAGUUCUCUUAAGUCCCCCGAGUGACCAACAUCAAUCUUCUCCAAACUUUAUCC